AGAAAGCGAAAUUGUGGUUCAUCACUGACAGUUUCCUCUUCGCACCAGCGCGGAAAGUGCUCUAGCAGUCGUGGAGUAGCCAACAGUAGCCCAACAGCACCGGGACAGCAAAAUGAAGAACUGUCGUCCAGCAGUGAGCCUCUCGUUUGUUGUGUUAGCAGGUUUGAUAUUCAGUAAAGGAUGUGCGAAUGAAAAACAGACUUCUUCCGUGGGAUCAUCACUGGCGCCUUCUUCAUCACCACCACUAGCAACAACUUUAUAUAAGAGCUCAUCCACAGGAACUGCUUCUCCGAAAACAACGGAAACUACACAUACAACUAACUCGACAUCUGCUCAUCCAACAUCAACUGAAAGCUCUCCACUUCCACAAACUACCUCCACAAAUAGGUCAACUACAUCAUCUCCAUUUUCAAGUACCAUCUCCCCUCAAAGCUCACAGACUACAGGACAUGUCACCUUAAACCAGACAACCAAUGGGACAACUACACAAUCAGUGUCAACUUUGGCUGUGAAUCUCACCACAUCAACAGAGCAGUCCAACAGCACAAACACUGAAAAUUCAACCACUGCCAUGGCAACAGCAGCGCCUACAUCAGUGAGCGUGAACUCCACAACACCAUCUUUCAAUUCAACUACAAAAGAAGUGAAUUCUAGUACUGAACGCAGCACUCCUUCAACAAAACCUCAGCGCUCCACUUCAGCCAUUCAGGAGACAUCAACAAAGAUGGUAACGAAAACAUCAUCGGCGCAAAUGAAACCUUUAUUAAGCACAAUGCAACACAAAACAUCAAGUAAGCCAAUCAGCGGCAAUCCCCCCAAGGCUCUGAGUUCAGCGAGCGUUGCGGCCAUAGUCAUCGGGUUCAUUAUCCUUGUGAUAGUCUUAUUUGGUGGAGCCUAUUAUUUCAAAAUGAGGCGACCUUCUUACGGCCGUCUUCUGGAUGACGCAGAGUACGGAUCAGUGGGCAAUGUCCUCAACCCCAUGUUUGAGGGCUAAGGGAAGAACUCACCCUGCUCCAGUGAUCUUUAUUCAGGUGCCAGCAUUUGGACUGUAGGAGUCCAGAUCAUCUACUCCCAUCUACUGCUUUGGGCAAGAAGAUGCUGUGCGAUCUGACAAUCAGUGCCGUCUGCUGUUUUUCUCAUGAAUGUGAUAUUGUGUGAUUGUUAUAUACAACCACAUCACUGGAUAUGUAAAAUGUGAAUUUUAUUAGAAAUGAGUCAAUAGAUUUGAAGUGAUAAAUGAUUGAAAGCUUUUAAAAUUUUUAAUUACUUUGAAAAUUCACUGCAAAAAAAUGAUAUAUUGGCAAGUGAACACAUCUUAAAUCUAGUCAGUAUACAGUUGUAUGCAAAGU